CCCUCGUCUUGAAUGACAUAUUUUUACUGCAGCGCAGAGCUCAUGACAAGAGCCCCGAAAACAGUUAAGUACAGAAAACCUCAGGGGGCUGUCAGGAAACAAACAUGGCUACGCACGCUAGCAUGUGCUGCCGCCUGUUUGGGAGACACGCCAGUUUACCACAUUUCAGAAAACUCUUCGGCCAGCGCGUGAACGGGAGACUGUAUUCCAGUGCUACGCACAAGGAAAAUGAGGCUGAACUUGGAGACUCGACUUCAUCCGCUGCCAACUUCUCCUCGUCCCUGAAAACCAGGUCAAGACAGGAGAGGCUGAGAGAUGACAGCAUACUGCCUUUCUCAGCGUUCUUGACUGACAGCUUUGGCCGGAGGCACAGCUACCUGCGCAUCUCCCUGACGGAGAAAUGCAACCUGCGCUGUCAGUACUGCAUGCCAGAUGAGGGGGUGAAGCUGACACCACGGAGCCAACUGCUGACCACCUCGGAGGUACUAACCCUGGCUCGCCUCUUCAUCCGCGAGGGGGUGCAGAAAAUCCGCCUCACUGGAGGAGAGCCCCUCAUCAAACCUGACUUGCUGGAUUUCCUCAAAGAACUGAGGAAGUUGGAGGGCCUGAAGACCAUUGCAGUGACAACCAACGGCAUGAACUUGGCCAGACUUCUGCCGAAGCUGAAAGACGCCGGCCUGGACCUGAUCAACAUCAGCCUGGAUUCACUGGUCCCUGCCAAGUUUGAGUUCAUUGUCAGGCGGAAAGGGUUCCACAAGGUCAUGGAGGGCAUAGAUAAGGCCAUCGAAAUGGGCUUCAACCCUGUUAAGGUGAACUGUGUGGUGAUGAGAGGCCUCAACGAGGAUGAGCUGCUGGACUUCGUGGCGCUGACGGAGAAGAAGCCUCUGGAGGUGCGCUUCAUCGAAUACAUGCCCUUCGAUGGCAACAAGUGGAACUUUAAGAAGAUGGUGAGUUACCAGGAGAUGCUGGACCUCAUCAGGCAGCAGUGGCCCGACCUGGAAAUGCUUCAAACCGGACGCACAACUGCCAAGAUGUUUAAAGUGCCAGGCUUCACAGGGCAGGUGGGCUUCAUCACCUCCAUGUCCGAACAUUUCUGUGGCUCCUGCAACCGCUUGCGUAUCACAGCAGAUGGCAACCUCAAGGUGUGUUUGUUUGGGAGCUCCGAGGUGUCUCUGAGAGAUGUCUUGCGCUCCGGGGCAUCGGAUGAAGAGCUGCUGCAAAUCAUCGGAGCCGCUGUGGGCAGCAAGAAGAAACAGCAUGCAGGCAUGUUUAGCAUCUCGAAGAUGAAGAACAGGCCUAUGAUCCACAUUGGCUCCACUUCCCAAAGGCCUUUGUCUUCGGCAAAGUUGCAAGACAGCCGGAGAGCUCUCCCCGUGGUUUCCCUUCUUCCAAACAACACAUUCCUCUCUGCAGCAGCCUCUCAGCGGUACCGCUCAGUCCUGCACAGAGAGGCUUCCUUGUGCCUUCGUGCUUUAACACAGGCUGCCCGUGAUUGCUGCUCUAGACCCUUAAUGAGAGGGGGGGCCCGUGUUAGGUCACAUAUCAAGACUGAAAACUGUGAGGACACGGACAGCCUCCUUAGUGCAGCGCCCCUUCUCUCCUCUGAGUUCGUCCGUGGUCUCGAUCUCAUCAGCGCUCACACCAACACGGCACGCACAAAAGUCAUGAGCUCAAGUAUUAAUGAAGACCGUCUCAGGUACCCACAAGCCGGGGGUCCUUACGCUUUGAACAGCCACUCACUCAGGACCCCUGGAGCACCUGUUUUUUGCACACAACUAAUGAAUGCCAAAAGAGAUGUCAAACGACACAAUGUCAGACUGUGCCACAGUCAGAGUUCCAGCAAAGACCCCAGUGUUACACUGAAACGACCUGCACAGCCGGGCACAAACUUCUGCAACGCUCACCCCGAUGAUGUCGCCGAAGCUCAGCUGACUCACACAGACGCCCAGGGCCGAGCCACCAUGGUGGACGUCGGCGGCAAAGCUCUCACGUGUCGAACAGCCACGGCCCGCGCCACCGUCCUCUUGGGCCCCACCGCCUUCCGGCUGCUCCGGGAUCACCAGCUGGCCAAGGGCGACGCCCUGGCCGCGGCGCAGCUGUCCGGCAUCAUGGCCGCCAAGCAGACCUCCGCCCUCAUCCCGCUCUGCCACCCGCUCCCAUUGGACCACAUCUCUGUCACCUUCGACCUCGCUGAGCCGCAGAACGCCGCGGUCGUGACGGCAACGUGCCGCUGUACGGGCAGGACGGGAGUCGAGAUGGAGGCUUUGACGGCCGCCUGCGUCGCCGCACUGACCAUCUAUGACAUGUGCAAGGCAGUGAGCCAUGACAUCAUCAUUACAGAUGUGAAACUGGUCAGUAAGACAGGCGGGAAGAGGGACUUUCAUCGUCCUUCGUGAUCCCCUCGCCCCCACCUUUUAAAUUCAACUAUGGUUGUACCGGUGUGAGAUCUUCACCGUACGAUAACCAUCUCACAAACUAUCACGGUGGACUGUGUUACACUAAUGCUCUUAAUAAAAUAUUACCAGUUGCAAUUCAA